UUCUUUCCUCUUCCGGUGACGGCGGCACCAGACAUCAGAAAUGGCUCAACGUCUGACCUACCGUCGCAGGCUGUCCUACAAUACAGCCUCAAAUAAGACCCGGCUGUCCCGAACACCAGGAAACAGAAUUGUUUACCUGUACACCAAGAAGGUUGGCAAAGCCCCUAAAUCAGCAUGUGGCAUCUGCCCAGGAAGACUCCGUGGUAUCCGAGCAGUCAGACCUAAGGUGCUUAUGAGGCUUUCAAAAACCAAAAAGCACGUCAGCAGAGCUUAUGGUGGAUCCAUGUGUGCUAAAUGUGUUCGUGACAGAAUUAAGCGGGCAUUCCUCAUUGAAGAACAGAAGAUUGUUGUAAAAGUACUGAAGGCCCAAGCACAGAGCCAGAAGGCAAAGUAACAUGACUUGCAAUGUUGACUUCAGAAUAAAUCUUUCUAUUGUGUA